CGGGUUAUUUUGGACAAUUUCUCCCUCGACGAGAUUUUAAAAUUCUCCUUGAACCCCAAUCCUUCUGCUGAAACCCAAACCCUUCUCCGACGCAGCAUCUUUGUUCUUCGCUGCAAUUUCUCGUUCAUUUCUAUUAAUCGAAUUAGGGUUUUGCUUCUGUCCAACUCAGUUAGGGUUUCUCUCGGGAUGGCGAGAAAACACGGUAGUGAAUCAAGUGAAGACGAUGCAAGGAAACGCAAGAGCAGCGAUUCCAGCGAAGACGAUGAGAGAGAUAGAGAUAGGGAUUCGAGAGAAGGAGGACGAAAAAGAGUUAAGAGAGACGAUAGAAUGCGUAACGAUAGGGAUAGAGAUGAGGGAAGGAAGAGUAGGCAAAGGGAGAGAAAGAGAGAAUCUGAGAGUUCGGAGGAAGAGGAGGGUCAAAUUGUGAGUAAAGAGAGGGUUAGAGAAGAGAAAGAAGAACGUGAGAGAAUGCGUCGGGGUUAUGACCGAAGGCAUGAUGAGGAUGGAAGAAGAGUGGAGAAAGAUAGGCACAGAUCGCGAGAGGUUCGUGAUAAUGGCGAUAGGUGGCGCGGAGGUGAUGAGGAUAGACGGAGAAUUAAGGAUCGUGAACGCCGUUCACGGCGCGGUUCCGUGGAGGAAGAUGAUAGGGAGUUUGAAAGGAAAUCAGAAAGGGAUAGGGAUAGGGAUAGGAGGCGUAAGGUGGAAAAGGAUCGUGACAGCGAGAGGGAUCGUCGUGCUCGACACGAUUCGGACGAGGAAGAUGAUAGGGACAGGAGGGGAAGGUUUGGAAAGGAUGGAGACAAUGGGAGGGAUAGGAGGGAUGGGAGGGAUGAAGAAGGUCGGAAGAAAGAGGAUGGAAAUGGGAGAAUUGUUGAGGAGGUGAAACCGCAACGGCGGUCGACGGUUUCGGAAGGGAAUUUGAAUGGUAAUGUGUCUAAUUUGGGAAAGAGUGGAGGUGUUUACAUUCCUCCAUUUAAGUUGGCAAGGAUGAUGAAGGAUGUUCAGGAUAAGAGUAGUGUUGAGUAUCAACGGUUAACUUGGGAUGCUUUGAGGAAGAGUAUUAAUGGGCUUGUGAACAAGGUUAAUGCUACUAAUAUAAAAAAUAUAAUUCCGGAAUUGUUUGCGGAAAACUUGAUCAGGGGAAGAGGAUUAUUCUGCCGGUCGUGCAUGAAGUCGCAGAUGGCUUCUCCUGGAUUUACGGAUGUUUUUGCUGCGUUGGUUGCUGUUGUGAAUACUAAGUUUCCUGAAGUUGGAGAUCUUUUGCUUAGAAGGAUUGUUUUGCAGCUUAAGAGGGCUUAUAAGCGCAAUGACAAGCCUCAAUUACUGGCAGCUGUCAAGUUUGUAGCACAUUUGGUGAAUCAGCAAGUGGCUCAUGAGAUCAUUGCUCUAGAGUUGCUCACUGUUUUACUCGAGAAGCCGACCGAUGACAGUGUUGAAGUAGCUGUUGGUUUUGUUACUGAAUGUGGUUCCAUAUUGCAGGAUCUCUCGCCUAAAGGCCUUCAUGGUAUCUUUGAGCGUUUUCGUGGAAUUCUUCAUGAAGGAGAAAUUGACAAACGUGUUCAGUUUCUUAUUGAAGGCUUAUUUGCAAUUCGGAAAGCCAAGUUUCAGGGCUAUCCAGCUGUUCGUCCUGAACUAGACCUUGUGGAGCAGGAAGAUCAGUUAACUCAUGAAGUCUCCUUGGAUGAGGAAAUAGAUCCAGAGAUUUCCCUUGAUAUAUUCAAGCCUGACCCCAAUUUUGGGGAGAAUGAAAAGCGUUAUGAAGAGUUGAAGAAAACAAUGCUGGGUGAGGAAUCUGAGGAUGAAGAAGGCUCUGAUGUAGAAUCAGACGACGAUGAUGAAGAUGAUGAAUCUGAUGAAGAGGAUGAAGAAACAAUGCAAAUAAAAGAUGAAACUGAGACAAAUCUUGUCAAUCUUCGGAGGACAAUUUACUUAACAAUUAUGUCUAGUGUAGAUUUUGAGGAAGCCGGUCAUAAGCUUCUGAAAAUUAAGCUAGAGCCUGGUCAAGAGAUGGAACUGUGCAUUAUGCUUUUGGAAUGUUGCAGCCAAGAGAGAACUUAUCUCCGAUAUUAUGGUCUUCUGGGGCAGCGUUUCUGCAUGAUCAACAAAGUACAUCAAGAAAAUUUUGAGAAGUGCUUUGUGCAGCAGUACUCAAUGAUUCACCGACUUGAAACAAAUAAACUGCGAAACGUUGCAAAGUUUUUUGCUCAUUUACUUGGGACAGAUGCUCUACCUUGGCAUGUUUUAUCGUAUAUACGCUUGACUGAAGAAGACACUACUUCUUCGUCGCGUAUAUUUAUCAAGAUUUUAUUCCAGGAACUAUCAGAGCACCUUGGCAUCCGGUUGCUAAACGAGAGGCUAAAUGAUCCCACGGUGCAGGAGUCUUUUGAAUCCAUUUUCCCGAAAGAUAACCCAAAGAACACACGUUUCUGCAUUAACUUCUUCACGUCCAUUGGUCUUGGUGGUCUUACUGAAAACUUGCGAGAGUAUUUGAAGAAUAUGCCUCGCCUGAUUAUGCAACAGCAGAAACAAGUUUCAGAUUCUGAAUCAGAUGAGGAAUCAGGGAGUUCUGAUUCAUCAGAUUCAGGAACAUCUAGUUCUGAGUCAGAGUCAGACUCAGCUAAUUCUGAUGGAAGUGAGAGUGACAGAAGACGAAGAAAGCGGAGGAGAAAGUGAAAUAAUUUUUAGCUAAUUCAGGAAAAGAUUUUUUUUUUUUUGGUUUUGUUUAAGUGGCAUGUGGAUAGUGUUUUUAGUAAUUAGUAACGUUUAUUAUAAUAUGUAUUGCAGAAUUUUAAUUUAAUAUUUACAUGUCAUCAACUAAUUAGAGAAUAUGAUGGUAAUGAUGUGGGGAACUUGACUUAAAUUUUGACCUUUAUUCAAUUCUAAAUUUGAUCGUUAUGUGGCUGAAAAUCGAAGGGAACAAUGCUAUCUUCAAGUUUUUCAUUCACGAUUACUCUGAUUUGCAUAUUGGGGUCGGUUGAAGAUUCUUUAUAUUUGUGCACAAUUGUCGAAGUAUUUAUGUUUAAUUGACAUAGGGCCAGUGCCUAUUAGUUUCUGGCUUGUUAGAGUUUCUGUUUGUAGUAAAAACAACACAAUAAUUUUAGGAGUGGAGUGUUUCCUUCAUUUGUUCAUUUGUUGUUAUUAGAGAGUUGAAAUGAUCUGAGUUUUAAAAGCUUUAAAUUUACGUAUUUACAAUAUAUAAAUUUAACUUUUACCG